UUGAUAGCUAAAUACUCUGCUUUGUUAGAACCUGUUGUCAACGCACUCCAAUCCAUAGCUUUGGAUGUAGUUAAGGCCUCGCAAUACGUCAAACGCAUUUUGCAAUUGCUUAAGAGCCACCGUGAUAAUCCCGAAAGAGUCACAGAUGAAAUUAUAAAGGAUGCUACUGUUGUUGCGGAGAAAGUCGGCCUGGAGGAGGAUAUCACUUCAAUGCCGCGCAUUGUUGGGAAACAACGUCAUCGAAGCAAUCACCCAGCAGAAAGCCCUUCAGAAUUCUGGAAAAGAUCAUUAAUAAUACCAUACUCGGACUCCGUUAUUACAUCGCUUGAAACACGCUUUGCUGAAGAAAAUACUCCAUCAUUUGCUUUAUCUAAAUUACACCCCGCACAAAUGCAAACGAUGUCAGUCGAAAAUCUCACAGAAACUUGUGAAACUAUCGCUCAGUUUUAUAAUUUACCAAACAUAAAAAUUGAAGUCGAGCUUUGGCAGCAAUUCUGGCAUAAUAAACCAAACUCAACAGACCAAACCGUUGUUGAUAUCCUAAAAGAAGCAAAAACCUUCUUUCCCGACACGGAAAAAGCGUUGAAAAUUUUGAUCGCUCUUCCAUGCACGACGUGUACGGUAGAGCGAUCGUUUAGCAGCCUCCGGAGACUAAAAACCUGGCUAAGAAGCACUAUGAGUGAAAAUCGCCUCAAUGGUUUGGCCAUGAUGAGUGUGCACCGAAAACUUAUACAUGGAAACUUACAAGAUUUUAAUAAUAAAGUGGUCUAG